UCAUCUGCCUUCUUCUUUUGUAAGAAGUCUAUACGCCAAACCCACAUCUACCGCCUGGCAUCAGACUUCCGUUUAUUUUUCCUGGGUAAUGUAGUUCGUGGCGGUUAUUGGUCCAAAAUCGCGACGCGCGGAACUUUGUGAGGACGCAACAUCCUCUGUAAACAACCGGCUAGGAUCACCUCGUCCAGUUUUGCCACACACUUAAAUUUUUUACCACCCCUCACUCUGCUCACAGUGUGCCCUGCCUAACGUUAAUGCUGACCAAUCGGUUUCUUCAUCGGUGUUGUGGCUACUAUGGAAGGACGAUGUCCUGUUGAGACUUUGGCAGAACUGGGCUUUUCAGGAACAUCAUGCACACCGAAGAUCAAGUUUGGUUUUGGGACAGAUGUGUUCCUCUGCGUUGGCGGUGACGAGGUCUGCGUCUUCAGUACUCAGGAGAGAAAACUCACGGCUGUUCUCCAGUUUCCUGGUCUUGUGAGUGACCUGGUUGAGAGUCAUGACAAGCAGCUGCUCUAUGUAGCCUGUGGGAGCGGAGUUUAUUGUGUCAGUCUACAAUUUCUGCUAUCCAGAGUUCAAUGCUCCCCAGCUGAUGCGUCCUCCAGCCCAGCUGAGCUGAAAAUCUCCUCUGAGUUUCUUGUUGUUCCAGAAGAAGGAGUGUUAUCGCUGCUCCUUGUCGGCUCUGUACUCCUGACUGUUUCCCAGAGAGCCACGUCCUGGAUGUUGACUCUGUACAAAUCUCCACAACAGUCGGAGUCCAGCAUCUACCAGAUGCUCAGCUCAUUUAGUCUACCAGCUGUUGUUGUACACGCAGGAAUGAGAAGGAGGCCUGUGCUGAUUUGUGUCCAUUCAAGUGAUGCAACACCUCCAUCUUCCUCCUCCACUUCUUCCUCAGAGGCAAUUUUAACUGACGGCCACAUCCGCCUCGAACCGCUCCUCUUCAAACUCCUGUUUGGGAUCGACGCCGCCCUCGCUAAUUCACCGGUUAUCCUUUGUGGCCUGCCAGACGGGGGCCUGUGUUCCCUCCCUCUGCGUCCACCAGGAUCCCGGCUCCGAGUUCUGCAUAGCCUAGAGCAGCCGGUCGUAUUUGUUGGAGCAUAUGUCGCCAAGGAAACGGGUCCGGGACGUGCACAGUGUUUGGUGGUAGUGGGCGAACAAGGGAGAAUGGUGCUGAUCAAAACGGACAAGGGAGGGCCAGAGGGAGGGGGUCACAAAGCUGGUUUUACUGAGAGGUGUAUACCGGGGCCUGUGAUGUGCGGCUGUGCGGAUACAAACUGUUUUUACUACAGCACUGGGUCAGACCUGCUGGGACUGGAUCUAUCGGAGGGAUCAUCUGGGAGAGAAGGGCAAGAAAGGGAUGCGGAGACAUCUAGUAAGACAGGUGCUGCCCUCCAAAGCCCCACCAACUUAAAUGUGUGUGGAGUCAUCGCCUUGGCUGAGCCUACAUGCAACACUGCAGUUCAGCUGCUGGGGCUGUCAGUCAGCGGCCAGCUCCAGAGGAUAACCUUACCUGUGCGGAGAGAGGACGCAAGAUUGUCCAAGGUGCCUUCCACGCAGCCGGGCCGCAGCGUCAGGGACAUCCUGUCGGCUAUCGGGGAUGUUUGUGAAAGAGCAUCGGCGCUAAAAACUACUAUCAAAUCCAAAAACCAAAUCCUGGGGCACCUGAAUCAGGUGCUUAACAUCAGCUUUCUGCUCAAAGCCAGUACAAAUAGCGAUGGCCAUAUUCCCAUCCCGGAGAAGCCAAUCAGAUGUCAUGCCAUGACCAAGUGGAGCAGAUUGCUUCAAGAAGACUCGCUGAACCUGACAUGUGUUCUGGAUAAUUCCAGUCUUUAUGUUUUGGAAGGAGGCUGGACACUGAGCAUCACUGUGUUUCCUCUGUCCUGUUCUCUCAGCGCAGGAGAGGAAAGCUCCUCCACCAAUUUUUCAUUCCCACUCCACAGUCUCCAUCCUGGGGAAACUUUAGAAGUAUCACUGCCUCUAGCAGCUGCAGGCGAUACAUCCUUCCCCAUGACAGUGAGCUGCUCGCUCAUCUUCUCACUCUCGAGUCUCCUGGGAGAGGAGGCGUCAAACCUUCCUGGUUCGCUGGGUAGCUGCAUUAGUUUGCCCUUGAACACACUCACAGUGGAUUGGUUGCACGCCCUGCAGGUGAACAGUCGAGCAGCAGCCACCCACAGAAAGGCCACAUCUCAAGCCAACAACACCACAACAGAGACCAUCCAGGCUUUUGUAAACUCACGCCGGAUUAUGUGCAGUGGAAGAGGGGAGGAAGGAGGAGAGGGUGCCUCAAAGGCUGAGCAGGAGCAGUAUUCAGCAAGUGUACGGGUGUCAUCACAGUUACUAAGGGAUACACUGGUGUUGAAAGGCUCAGAUUUGGACCCAGAGGGGCUAAAGUUGGCUCCUCAAAAUGUGUGUAUUUCUCUACUGGAAUGGCUGUUGUCUGAAGGUCCUGGAGGAGUGAAGACAGGACGCCACAGGGACAAGAUUGCACUCAGCAACCCAGUAGUCCAUGCUCGAGGUCCAAAUGGACACACAGUCAAACUGACUGCAAAAGAGGUCAAUGUAGGGGAGGAGAGCGCGGGGAAGGAGGAGUCCCUGACCACAAUGGAGGUUCAUGUUGAAAGCUCAUCUAUAGCAGCAGUGUGUGGACUGCACCAUGCCGUGCUUCGCCGGGUACAGACUCUGUUGCACAGGGCUCCUGAGAAGGCUGCUUCUACAAAGAGCAUCCAGAGUUUAGGUUUAAGACAGGCACUGCAGCGGGCUGAGCACCUGUUGCAGCAGAUCCAGCAAAGUCGGGUCUCAGGGUCGUUUGACGUGGGCGUGUCUGCAGGGCAGAUGACCCGAUCUCUUCUCAGCGUUUACAGAGAACUCAGAGAAAACCCUCUCCUCAUAAUUUAACACUUUUAUUUAUCAGCCGAGCCUACACAGCUGCCCCAGGCGUUGUUCUGCGUUUUGUAACCAGUUUUUGAAGCUGAUUGAAAAAUAAUGUCCGUAAUAGUGAUUGCUAUUUUAAAACGUGCUUUUGUAUCCCUGUGAAUGGCUGUUCCCGUUUUUAUGUUCUACACAAAGAAGGGUUUGCAGCAUGACUUCGCUGAUGUUUAUGAGAGCGAUUAUUUGGUUCCAGUCACGUGACAAUAAAUUAAAUCAAGAACUACUGUG